CUAGGUGAAGAUGCAUCUCUGCCUAUAACAAGCGGAGGAAGCUAUCAAGUGCUGGUGAACAAUGUGUUUUAUUUUACGCAGCGCGUGGUAGAUAAGCUUUGGCAAGGCAUGUUCAACAAAGAAUCCAAACUUCUUGUGGAAUUCAUAAUCCAGCUCAUUGCACAGUCAAAGAGAAGAUCUCAGGGAUUAUCACUGGAUGCCAUUUAUCACUGCCUCAACAGGACCAUCUUGUAUCAGUUCUCAAGGGCCCAUAAAACUGUUCCUCAGCAAGUUGCUCUCCUUGAUUCCCUAAGGGUCCUUACUAUGAACAGAAACUUAAUUCUGGGGCCUGGGAAUCAUGAUCAAGAGUUCAUCAGCUGCCUAGCUCACUGCUUGAUUAACCUGCAUGGAGGAAGCAACGUAGAUGGCUUUGGAUUGGAAGCAGAAGCCAGGAUGACAACGUGGCACAUAAUGAUCCCCUCUGAUAUAGAACCAGAUGGAGUUUACAAUCAAGACGUCAGCGAAGGUCGCCAGCUUCUUUUAAAAGCCAUAAACAGAGUGUGGACAGAGCUGAUCCAUAGUAAAAAACAGGUUUUAGAAGAGGUUUUCAAAGUGACUCUACCUGUCAAUGAUCGUGGCCAAGUGGAUAUAACUGUUGCCAGACCUUUUAUUGAAGAAGCAGGUUUAAAGUGUUGGCAAAAUCAUCUGGCGCAUGAGAAGAAAUGCAUCAGUAGAGGAGAGGCUUUGGUUCCCACCACCCAGUCCAAACUGUCACGAGUUAGCAGUGGGUUUGGCCUCUCUAAACUAACCGGUUCCAGGAGAAACCGAAAGGAGAGUGGGCUCAACAAACACAAUCUAUCUACACAGGAAAUCUCCCAGUGGAUGUUUACUCACAUUGCAGUGGUUCGGGACCUCGUAGAUAUGCAGUAUAAGGAAUAUCAGGAGCGUCAGCAGAAUGCGCUAAAAUACGUGACAGAAGAGUGGUCUCAAAUUGAAUACGAGUUACUGAGAGAGCGGGGUCUGUGGGGUCCUCCCAUCGGCUCCCAUCUUGACAAGUGGAUGCUGGAGAUGACCGAGGGUCCCUGUAGAAUGAGGAAGAAGAUGGUGCGGAAUGACAUGUUUUAUACUCAGUAUCCAUACAUGCCUGAAGCUGAGCAAGAGACAAAUUUGCUGUCUGACUUCCCAAGUAAACCUCCUGAGACACCUGAUGAUACCAUUCCUCAAAAGAAACCCGCUCGCUACCGAAGGGCCAUAAGUUACGACAGCAAGGAGUACUACAUGCGCCUGGCCUCGGGCAACCCGGCGGUCUUCCAGGACGCUAUAGAGGAGAACGCAGUGGGUGAAACUGCUCAGCAGGAGCCCGAGCAUGGGGAGGACACCAUUGCGAGAGUCAAAGGCCUAGUAAAGCCUCCUCUGAAAAGAUCUCGCUCUGCUCCUGAUGGAGGAGAUGAGGAGAACCAGGAACAGCUGCAGGAUCAGAUUGUUGAGGGCAGCUCAAUUGAUGAGGAAGAGAAAACCGACAACACAACUUUGCUUCGGCUUCUUGAAGAAGGAGAGAAGAUUCAGCAUAUGUACCGCUGUGCUCGAGUUCAGGGCCUGGACACCAGUGAAGGGCUGCUGCUCUUUGGGAAGGAGCACUUCUACGUGAUUGAUGGAUUUACAAUGACAGCCACCAGGGAAAUACGGGAUAUCGAGACAUUGCCUCCAAAGAUGCAUGAGCCAAUCAUACCCAGGGGAGCGAGGCAAGGUCCAAGUCAACUCAAAAGAACAUGUAGCAUUUUUGCUUAUGAGGAUAUCAAGGAAGUACAUAAAAGGAGAUACCUGUUGCAGCCAAUUGCAAUUGAAGUCUUCUCAGGAGAUGGACGGAACUAUCUUCUAGCUUUCCAAAAGGGGGUUAGAAAUAAAGUUUAUCAAAGGUUUUUGGCUGUAGUACCGUCUUUAACUGACAGUUCAGAGUCAGUGUCUGGACAGAGACCAAACACCAGUGUAGAACAAGGGUCUGGCUUGCUGAGCACUUUAGUUGGAGAAAAAUCUGUUACUCAGAGAUGGGAAAGAGGAGAAAUCAGUAAUUUCCAGUACCUGAUGCACUUGAACACCCUGGCGGGCAGAUCCUAUAAUGAUCUCAUGCAGUAUCCUGUCUUUCCCUGGAUCCUUGCAGAUUAUGAUUCGGAGGAAUUGGACCUUACGAAUCCCAAGACAUUCAGAAACCUGGCCAAGCCCAUGGGCGCUCAAACAGAAGACAGACUAGCCCAGUACAAGAAACGAUACAAAGACUGGGAAGAUCCCAAUGGGGAAACUCCAGCUUACCAUUAUGGGACCCACUAUUCAUCUGCCAUGAUAGUGGCUUCCUACCUUGUCCGGAUGGAACCUUUUACUCAAAUAUUCUUACGGCUGCAGGGCGGGCACUUCGACCUGGCCGACCGCAUGUUCCACAGCGUGCGGGAGGCUUGGUACUCGGCGUCGAAGCACAACAUGGCAGACGUCAAGGAGCUCAUCCCGGAAUUCUUCUACCUCCCCGAGUUCCUGCUCAAUUCCAACAACUUCGACCUAGGCUGCAAACAAAAUGGCACUAAGCUUGGAGAUGUAAUACUGCCCCCCUGGGCAAAGGGAGAUCCUCGUGAAUUCAUCAGAGUUCAUCGGGAGGCUCUGGAAUGUGACUUUGUGAGCGCCCAUCUGCACGAGUGGAUUGACCUGAUCUUUGGCUAUAAGCAGCAAGGUCCUGCUGCAGUCGAAGCUGUAAAUGUCUUUCACCACCUCUUCUAUGAGGGGCAAGUGGACAUAUAUAACAUCAAUGAUCCAUUAAAAGAGACUGCUACCAUAGGAUUCAUUAAUAACUUCGGACAGAUACCAAAGCAGCUCUUUAAAAAACCGCACCCACCAAAGCGUGUUAGAAGCCGAGUGAAUGGAGAGGCUGUGGGAACCUCUCUGCCCCCUGGUUCUACAAGUGACAAGAUUUUUUUCCAUCAUUUAGACAACCUGCGGCCAUCCCUUGCACCAGUGAAAGAGUUGAAGGAGCCCGUGGGACAGAUCGUGUGUACCGACAAAGGCAUUCUGGCAGUGGAGCAAAAUAAGGUUCUCAUCCCACCUACGUGGAAUAAAACUUUUGCUUGGGGCUAUGCGGACCUCAGCUGUAGACUGGGUACCUACGAGUCGGACAAGGCGGUGAUUGUUUACGAGUGUUUGUCGGAGUGGGGGCAGAUCCUGUGCGCCAUCUGCCCGAGCCCCAAGCUGGUCAUCACGGGAGGGACGAGCACGGUGGUGUGCGUGUGGGAAAUGGGCAUCUCCAAAGAAAAGGCUAAAGCCCUGGCACUGAAACAGGCACUUCUUGGCCAUACUGACACUGUCACGUGUUUAACAGCAUCACUAGCUUAUCACAUAAUUGUGAGCGGGUCCCGUGAUCGCACCUGCAUCAUCUGGGACUUGAAUAAACUUUCAUUUCUAACACAGCUUCGAGGUCACAGGGCUCCAGUUUCUGCUCUCUGUAUAAAUGAAUUAACGGGGGACAUUGUGUCAUGUGCUGGCACUUACAUCCACGUGUGGAGCAUCAACGGCAACCCCACGGCAAGCGUGAACACCUUCACUGGCCGAAGCCAGCAGAUCAUGUGCUGCUUCGUGUCGGAGAUGAACGAGUGGGAUACCCAGAACGUCAUCGUGACGGGCCACUCGGAUGGAGUUGUGCGGUUCUGGCGGAUGGAGUUUUUGCAAGUACCAGAAACGCCAGCUCCAGAGCCUGUGGACAUGCUAGAAAUGCAAGAGGAUUGUCAGGAAGCACAAAUAGGGCAGGAAGCCCAGGAAGAGGAGAGCAGUGAUUCCGAGGCAGAUGACCCGUGCGUCAGCCACGAUGUGAAACCACAAGAGAGUCAGAGCCAACCGAGCAGCACCAGCCACCGGCCGAGGUCGUCGUCCAACAGGGCAGCAGCAGCGUGGUCAGCAGACAGCGGCUCCGACGACUCCAGGCGUUGGUCGGACCAGCUCAGCCUGGAUGAGAAGGAUGGCUUCAUCUUUGUGAAUUAUUCGGAGGGACAAGCGAAAGUGCAUCCCCACACUCAGGUUAACCACCCACACGCCAGCUACGCUGAAGCACGGCACUACAGCAAGCUGAAACCAGGAUACAGAUGGGAGCGUCAGUUAGUGUUUAGGAGCAAGCUAACUAUGCACACAGCAUUUGAUCGCAAAGACAACGCACAUCCAGCAGAAAUCACUGCGCUGGGCAUCUCCAAGGAUCACAGCAGGAUUCUGGUUGGGGAUGGCCGGGGCAGAGUGUUCAGCUGGUCUGUAAGCGACCAGCCGGGCCGCUCUGCAGCUGAUCACUGGGUGAAGGACGAGGGGGGCGACAGCUGCUCGGGCUGCACCGUGCGCUUUUCCCUCACCGAGAGGCGGCACCACUGCAGGAACUGCGGACAGCUCUUCUGCCAGAAGUGCAGUCGGUUUCAGUCGGAAAUCAAGCGCCUGAAGAUUUCAUCACCAGUCAGGGUCUGUCAGAACUGCUACUACAACCUGCAGCAUGAGCGGGGCUCGGAGGAAGGGCCCAGGAAUUGACAGGGCGACGGCCCCCGGAGAGCGGAGCCCCACGGGGCCCUGUCCGGCCCCGCCGCCGCUCCGGGAAGGAGCCACCGGAUCGUGCGGUGAUCAGAAGGGAUUCCAAUAUUGCCUGUUUACACUUAAGCUUAUACUGCGUUUUAAGCACUGAAAGUAAAAGGGAUCAUGGAGUUGAUUUGUGUUGAUUGAAGGUAUAUGAGGCUAACAGAAUAUUUAAAUGAAGAACAAGGCCCAGGAGGACACAAGUGAUGACUACAGAUACAAUAAAACUGUCAACCUCUAAAGCUCUCUGUUGACGUGGCUGUCGAGAAGAUCCUCACUUAUCCUAACCACCGGUUCUUGUCUUGUUUUUGUAGAGCUAGUCCUCUUUAUCGGGGGGAGGGGGGAAGGGGAAGGCUUUUUAGAAGAUAGUUGUAAAUCUGCCUUCUUCGCAAGCAACUGUGUAUAUUGUAAAUAGGUAUAAUGGCCUUUUUAUCUAAUUAUGAACUUAACUGCCUGUUACAUGGGACUUCAGAUUAACCACUAUACUUUGUGUGUCAUCUUUAUCUCAUCUAUCAACUUAAAUAUGAAUGUUUAAAAAA